CGGGCUGGUUCUGUCAGAGAGGAGGAGGACGAGGAGGAGGAGGAGCGGAUGGCGCGAAGGCAUCGCAAGGAGAAGAAGGAGCUGCAGGCCAAAAUCCAGGGAAUGAAGAAUGCGGUCCCCAAGAAUGACAAAAAGCGUAGGAAACAACUUGUGGAUGAUGUUGCCAAACUAGAAGCUGAGAUGGAGCUGAAGCAUAGAGCAGAGUUGGAGCAGCUGAAGCAGAUGUCACAUGAGAAAACCAAGGUAGAUACUGUUGUAGUCAACAUCGCAAGUUUGGAGCUUGAGAAUCAGCAGCCCCGGAUAUCUAAAGCACAGAAGAGGCGGGAGAAGAAAGCUGCUUUGGAGAAGGAGAGGGAAGAAAGGAUAGCAGAAGCUGAAAUUGAAAACUUAUCAGGAGCCCGCCAUCUAGAAAGUCAAAAGCUUGCUGUGACCUUGGCAGCCAGACGUUUAGAAAUUAAACAGAUUCCAUCAGAUGGUCACUGUAUGUACCGAGCCAUCGAAGAUCAGCUAAAGGAACAGGAAUGCUCUGUCUCUGUAGCCACCUUAAGAAGCCAAACUGCUGAAUACAUGCAGAACCAUACUGAUGACUUUCUACCAUUUUUAACGAACUCUACCACCGGAGAAAUGUAUACCCAAGAGGAGUUUGAAAAGUACUGUGCUGAUAUUGUAAACACAGCUGCAUGGGGAGGUCAGCUGGAGCUAAGGGCUUUGUCACACAUCUUACAGACGCCAAUUGAAGUAAUACAAGCCGAUUCUCCCCCUAUUGUUGUUGGUGCAGAGUAUUCAAGCAAACCUUUAACACUUGUGUAUAUGAGACAUGCCUAUGGUUUGGGUGAGCACUACAAUUCUGUGAAACAACUAAUGGACACAGCUACUGAAAAUGGCAGAGUAUGAAUGCCACAGCUCCAGAAUCUGAUGCGGUUUGGAAGUGUGGGAGUUGGCAUCAAGUCGAACUGAAAAACAUAACUACCUUGAAUUAGUAUUUUUGAAAAGCUCCUCAAGUAUUUUGAGAACACAGAUAUAAACUCCAGUGACUUCUUGAUUUAGCGGUAUUUUGAAAAUCUCCUUGAGGUGCAUUAAGAUCCUCGUGGUCAGGGAACUUAUCUACCAACUUUGUUGUUUUGUACUCUCCCAAGUGCUUAGUGCAGUGCUCUGCAAAUAGUAAGCACUCGGUAAAUAACGGUUGAUUGUUGGAUGUGUGGAUCAGGAUGAUGACAUCCUCUCAGUACAUAGGACCAUAAAACAUACUCCAUCUGAUGAAUGCUGGGCUAUUAUAGUGCAGCAACGAUUUCAGCAUAAUUUCUACUAUCAAGAAAUUGACUCACCGACAGCUUAUUCACUGCAGUAUGUCGAUGGUAUUAGGGAAUCGUCUUAGGCUUUUAAAUGAGAUUGUAUGCUUAUGAUCUGAAAUCGUUGCUGGAGUGAGCUCAUUUUUUUCUUCAGAAAAUUAAUAGUCCCAUGUGGUAAACUAAGAGUAAAAACUUUGGAAUUCUGAUUAUUUGUCAGAUUGCACCAGCUUGGUACAUGAAGAGAACAAGGCAAAGCCAGAGGCCUGGGGAGUUGAACAUCAUCUAUGUGACUCUUUCAUUUUUGUAUAAUUGACUGUUUUUCAAUCCUGGACCUUGAUUUCCUAUGUCUUUGAUUAGAAAAUUUAGUUCUAUUCUUUAAAGAUUGAGACUGUAGAAUGAGUAUUGCAGUUUCUGCCCUGAGUUGACAGCUACUGAAUGGGAGACAAAAGUUGCGGUUAGUCUGUGCCUAGAGAGCAAGGUGCCUCUUGCAUUUUAUACACAAGAAUGUAUUCCUUGUAAAGGUAAUGUUGGCCUUGGAAGGUGAUUAUGGUAAUUAUGUAAUUAUGGUAUUUAUUAAAAUGUCUCUAAUUCUGCUUUCUAAUAGUGAGAAACCUGUGGGACUGAGUGUCAGGCAUAAAGGCACCAUUCAGGUUAGGAGGUUCAGUAUUUGCCAUUUGGGACAAAUACACAAAUUGAUCGGAAUUUCAGAUGUCAGUAAUCUCUGUGUUGUCCUGCCUCUCACAAAACCGCUACUCUUGGGUUUAUGCAAUUGUUGCCUUUGAAAGAAACAUAAAUGGAGAUUCUAAAGUGAAAUGUCUAUUUUGUCAGUAGUCUGCGUGACUUUUCCAUCUAAAAAGCAGUCGGUGAGAUUAUUUUGUAGGGAUCUGAUUGAUACUAAGGCAUCUGCAAGGCCAAAAAGAUGCUGAAAUCAAGGAUACUGAGACAGUUUUAUUAGGCAGUUCCACCUGUUUAUCAUUAUAAAAAAAUCUGGUUGUCCAGUCUUCAAUUUGCACAGAGUAUUAAAAAAAAAAAGCAUGAGAACAAGAUUAUUUCUAUGGGAGGUUUUCUUUCUUUCCUAAAACUUCAACCCUAAUCGAGCAUUAAUUACCAUUGUUUUAAGUAUUACCUAAAUUGAAACCCUAAAUAAUAACAGAUGUUAAUUUAAAUGCAGUAUAUGCUAACUUGGUUAACUGUAUGGCAUAAAACCUUUUGUAAUUGAAGUUUCACAGCAUUUCUUUUGUCCUAACUCAGAGAAAGGAGGAUGUCAGAGUUCUGGAAUAUGUCUUUAUCCAUCUAUUUUGUCCACUUUAAGAUGUUUACAAUUUGUGUAAAGCAAGAGAAUAUGUUUAAUUAUAGUGAGCAAUGUUUUUUUUGCUCAUAUAUGAGGCUUGCCAAAAGUAUAAUAAAAGAUGAAUGAAUUACAU